UUCAAAUAAACCAGAACGAUAAGCUAGCCAUGGAAAAUGAGGUGACGGUGCUAGGAUUAUCUGUCUCUGCUCUUCCCAUCAAAUAUAUGGGAUUACCUCUAACAACAAAGAUCAUGACUCGAUCAGACUACCAGGCGCUGAUAGAUAAGAUCCGGAAUCGGUUCCUCUGUUGGUCUAGCUUUCGCACUAGCAGGGUUGCUGCGACGAAAUCGAUAGCUUAUGCUCGGCUUUUCUUUGGAGUGGCUCACCUAAUAGCCAUAGUAAAGCAAAAGUAGCCUGGAGUGAAGUGUGUUUACCGAAAUUGGAGGGAGGUUUAGGAUCACAGCGGGUCUCCGACAUGGCCAAGGUCUUUGCUUUGAAACUCAUUUGGCGUCUUCACUCUAAGUCUGAUUCUCUGUGGCCAAUUUGGGUCCAUAAGUAUCUAUUGAAGAACGAGGUAUUCUGGGAUGCAAGGGAUAGUGUUACAGGGUCUUGGGUCUGGCGGAAGUUGUUGAAGCUCCGGCCAGUGGCUAAUUUUUUUCUCAAGUUGGCGAUAAAGAAUGGAGAGUCGGUUAAGUUCUGGCUCGAUAUCUGGCACCCUAUGGGGCAUCUCAUUGAUGUCUCUGGGGAAAUAGGCACUCAGAAGCUUGGGAUCUGUCGCAAUGCCCGUGUUUGUGAUGUUGUGGUCGGAACAGAGUGGAGAUUCCGAAGCACUCGUGACCGCACGCUCCAGGCCAUCGUUUCACAGGUUAGGAGCUUUCCGGUCACUAUAACCCCGGAUGAAGAAGAUGAAUUAAUGUGGAAGCAUGGUCAGGACGAUAUCAGGGAUAGUUUCUCAUCAAACAAAACUUGGAGUUUGAUCUGUGAUCCCAUAGAAAAUGUUGCAUGGCAUCGUGUGAUCUGGUUCCAACAGGGAGUUCCCCGGUUCGUGUUUUUUUGCUUGGCUAGCAAUAAAAGACAGGCUUUCUAAAGGGGGUCGUAUGUGUAAUUGGGAGCUGACGCAGCCUUGUUUAUUCUGAGGAGAACCUGUGGAGACUCGAGAUCAUCUAUAUUUUGCAUGUCCUUACACAUACAGUUUGGAUAGAAGUCGUUGGUAACCUGUUUGGAGAUGCACCUGACCCAGACUGGGAAACUACGUUGGAGAGAAUCACAGCUCGAGCAACUGAUCAUCUAUCAGCCAUUCUCUUGCGCCUGGCACUCCAAGUAAGCUAUCUACUACAUCUGGAUUGAAGAAUAAUAGAAAGCAUAACCACACAACGAAACCUGCAAGCUAACUCUGUAAAGAGAUUGACAAAACAAUCCGUAACAGGAUCCUUUCUACCAAGUAGUAUGAGUCUCAGAAGCUGUACUGUAUUAUGCAAUGUUGGUUCUCCACCCGGGGUGCGAUUAUCGAUUGAUCACUUUAGAUUUCAUUGCUAUUAGACAAAAGGAAACAAAAACUGGUCUCUUUGUACAUAUUCUUUUUUGACUGAUUAAUGAUCUAACAUUU